AUGUGCAGCGGCAACAACAGGCGGUGGCAGCGUGUCAACGCCAACGCCAGCGCUGAAACUGAAGCUGAAGCUGGAGGGGAUUGGGUUGAGAAUGGAGGUGGAGGUGGGAGGUGGGAGUUCCAAUUCACCAAGUUCCCCAGCGUGUUGAAGGCUGGACAUUGCCAUGGAGGAGUGGCAACCGCCCGGUUGGAGAAUCAGAGCGCUUUGCAAGAUGCCGCCGGACUUGUUAGCGGGGCUGGUAACGAUACGCAUUGUUAUUGCACCAUUGAGCCCUAUAUUGAUGCCAAGUUCAGCGUGCACAUUCAAAAGAUUGGCAACAACUACAAGGCAUUUAUGCGCAAAUCCAUCACCGGCAAUUGGAAGACCAAUCAGGGCUCAGCCAUGCUCGAGCAAAUCACUUUAACCGAGAAGUACAAAACCUGGGUCGAUGAGAUAUCGGAACUGUUUGGGGGCUUGGAGGUCUGCGGCGUUUCGGUGGUGGUGGCCAAAGAUGGGCGUGAGUUCAUCAUAAGUGCUUGUGACAGCACCUUUGCCCUGAUCGGCGACAGCCAGGAGGAGGAUCGCCGGCAGAUAGCCGAUCUGGUCACAGGACGCAUGCAGAAUGUUUGUCGCCCCAACAUGGCGCAGACAGGUCCGGGCAAGCUGCCAUCCCGUUCAUCGGUCUCCUCUCGCGCCGAGAGUCCCACGGAUGACAUGGCGCCGACGCCACCGCUGCCCUCGGGACCCAGGCCAGCACCGAUGGGCGGACCACCGCCGAUACCCGAGCGCACCUCGCCGGCGGUGGGCUCGAUUGGGCGCCUGAGCAGCCGGAGCAGCAUUUCGGAGCUGCCGGAGGAGCCAUCGUCAUCGGUGCCCAGCACAGUGGGUGCUGGUAGUGGUGUGCGGCGUGAUUCGCAAACAUCGCAGGCAUCGAGCAUCUCGUCGUCGGUGUCAAAGGUCGGACAGCGUCCGCCGCAAACGCAGAGCUCGGUCGUCGAGGAUGCGGAGGACACCAUGAAGAAUCUGAGGAAGACAUUUGCGGGGAUCUUUGGUGACAUGUAGGAAAUCGCUAAUAAGAAACGCGGCAGAACGGCAAGCGAGACAAGCAACAGCAGCGGCUUGGGCAGCGUACCGAGCAGUGCUGGACCUGGAACCGCCACCACCAGUGGCAGCGGAGUCAGCAGCUUCAGCGGCUCAUUUCUGGGCAAGCAAUUCUCGUUCGCCUCGGGCGGCAAGUCCAGCGGCACGGAUGUGAUCUCGACACAGCCAAGCCGACCGUUGGAGGAGCCCGCUGCCAGCGUUUCGGAUAGCGUCAAUAUAAAUACGGAUAACCUAACAACAACAACAA